GUUGCUGAGCGGUCGGUCGCCAGGUGAUGGCAAACAAGGUCUGGGGGUAAAUCCGGGGCCCGGGAGCACACAGAGCAGUUUUGCUGGCUGGCAGCCGCGGACACUGGAGAGGAGAAACCGGAGAACUGACAUCGGGAAAGUGAUACUCCAUCACCGCUUAUAUCAGCUGAUGUGCCAGAAUUAGCCCGCAAUGGGUACUGAAGUGCAGAUUGGAACAUGGAGACCUCACAGACCGAGAGGACCAAUUGCUGCUCUGUACAGUAGUCCAGGUCCCAAAUACGGCUUACCAGGAAAUACAGGUUUUGUGCAGCAUGACCCCUGUAAAUACCGAGCACCAGCAUACAGCUUUGGAAGCCGUCGCUUUAAGUUUAUGGAUGACUGCUCUCCGGGUCCAGGGUACCUGGUACCAGCAAACAUCACCGCGAGGGGCAAGGAUGGAACUCCAGCAUAUUCUCUUUAUGGGAGAUCGAGAGAACUCAACCCCUUUAGGACCCCUGGACCAGGAAGUUAUUCACCCGAGCGAGCUGGGAAAUCUGCUUACCACACUGCUCCAAUCUAUUCAUUGGCAGCAAGAACCAAGAUGUUUAGCAGCGACCAGACACCAGGUCCAGCAGCUUAUAUGCUCCCCUCGGUUCUGGGUACACAUAUUGUAAACAGAACUUCCGCUCCAAACUACUCUAUGACGGGUCGGAGUAAGUUUGGCAGCUUCCAUGAGGACUUGCAGAAAACACCAGGUCCUGGAACAUAUCGUGUUGUAGAUCCAAUAACAUACAAAUAUAAACCUCCUCAAUACAGCAUGACUGGACGAAACUCUAUGCCUGGGGAUACAACACAGAAACCAGGCCCGGGAGCCCACAGCCCGGAGAGGGUGUUGUCUACACGGACUAAAGCACCCAACUUUUCCUUUGGAAUCCGGCACUCAGAAUAUGUUGCACCUUUAAUCGUAGAUGUGGCAGAUUAACCAAUAAAUGCAAGCCAGGAAAUAAGAUUAAAGUUGAACGUAAAGGGCACAGAUAAAGGGUGUUACUGUAACAGAGAUCAUGGAUAACUGUCUACUUUUAUUGUUUAAAUCUCUUCUAUUAAUCAUGCAGCAUAUAAGAAAAGCACAACACAAGUUUUUUAGAAAGGAUGGUAUAUGCCCUGCAUGGAUUUCUAGCAAAUGAAAAUCUGUUACUAAUACGCUUCUUCUGCAGCAACUUAUGAAAGCGCUGAACACUAGUUCAUAACAAUAUUAAUUGCAUUUAGGGCAUGUUUUUCUCACCACUUUUGCAGUAACCCAAUUACUAUCUGUAAAGCUAUAUCAUUCUCAUCUACUACAGAUGAUGCUAAUAUCUCCUCUUCAGAUACUUGGUAGUCUGUCCCACACCUUCACUUUUAAUUAAGUACUUCCCGCAGUGUGAUAUGAGUUGGGAAUAGUUCUCUGUGAUACAAAGCUAGUAACUACAAAAAUUCUCAUGAAUGACAAUGCCAGAGAAAGCACAACGAACAGUGUAGUUGAAAAUGUUUGACCUUGGGGAACUUUCCUACAUCACCUGGAUAAUUUUGUUUUUUUACAUCAUGUGUCUUUAAUUAUAUUAUCAAGCUAUUCAUGUGAAAUAUGUGCUCAUUUUAAUCCUAGGGAUCAUGAGAUUCCUCCUCUGACAAAUUAUCUACCAAACUUUCAGUGGGGAUGGACUACACAUUUUAUCUGUUUUUUAUUUUCUUUCUUUCUUAAGGGUACUUCAUCAUCUAUCAAAGUGUUUUGUUUUUUCUGUACACAUCCACUAUUGAGUGCACGAACAAACAAAACACUCAGUAUUUCACAAACCACCUCCUCAAGACUAUUUGCUUAUGGUCAGCUUAAUCAAUGUGCCAACACCAUUAAAUCACAAUUCAAAAGUC